UCUUAUUGAUGUGGCGCUGACCUUGACCUGUUGAACAGCAAAUGGGUAAUCUCCACGAUGUCGUGACAGUUUCGUGUGUAAGAAAAACAUCAUGAAGCCUGAGAAGGAAGUUUUCUUAGUUAUUUUCGUCAGUAUUUUUACUUCAGGGGGAACAGACUUUAAUCCUUUUUCUGAUGAUGUUUUACAUACCAUUAACUGGGUGCCUGCAGCAUCAUUUCCCGACGAAGACAAUCUUCUAAAUGAUGAAGAUAGUUUAUUGCUUACCACAAACAACAAGGAAAAAUAUAGAUGCAUUUUCCCAAAGCCUCAAUCCUCAGGAUCUCGUUCACAGGAAGAACUGAAUCACAAUGGUCCAAGUGAAGAAGAGCUGUUAAGUCCAUUAUAUAAGCAAAGUAGCUGUUCAUAUAGGAUUGAGAGCUAUUGGACGUAUGAGCUGUGCCAUGGAAAAUAUUUGAGGCAAUAUCAUGAAGUCAAAGAAAGUGGCAAGAAGGGGCAUCUGCAAGAAUAUUAUCUUGGAUAUUACAAAAAAGAAGAUAACAACCAAGAACCACCUGUAGAAGAUGCGCAAAAGCCUCAUAAAAAGCGAAAAGUAGACAAUAUGGAGCUGACUUACUACCAAGUGAACUUCACAGAGGGCACUAAAUGUGAUCUGACGGGAGAGCACAGAAAGGCUCGAUUGCACUAUGUUUGUCAACCAGAUGGCAAAGGAGAGGUGUAUGAACUGAAGGAGACGUCUAGCUGUGAAUAUGAGGUGGUCGUUUUAACAGCACUACUCUGUUCUCAUCCAGCUUAUAAAACAGCAGACCAGCCUGUGCAAGGAAUACGCUGUGAGCCUUUAGAUGGCUCUCCUAGAAGACCAAAAAGUCUAGAUUUACUUGAACUAGAAAAUACUCAGGGGAGAUAUAAUAGAAAACAGACACAAGAGGUGCAUCCAGUUAUUCAGAGACCCCAGCAGGAAACUGUACAGCAGCCAUCGUGGGAUCCCAGCAAGGGUUCUCAUGGCACAGAUCUCAAGUCCAGCACAGACCAGCAAUUGUUGAACGACUUUUUAAAAGGGGAAUAUUGCAUCCAAGGGGGACUGGGGUGGUGGAAACAUGAAUUUUGCUAUGGAAAACAUAUAAUUCAGUUCCAUGAAGAAGGUGGUUCAAAAACUGUGAUAACACUUGGGGUGUGGAGUGAAGGAAGACAUCUGCAGUGGCUUGGGGAGAAUCCUUCUAAGAGACCAAAACCAAUAAAAGAAAGGAAGUUUAUCAGCCAUUUUUAUGGUGCUGGUGAUUACUGUGAUAUAUCUGGAAAGCCAAGGCAUGCAGAAGUCAGAAUAAAAUGUAAGGAAAAUGCUGAUAGCUCGCAUGCAGUAUCACUGUAUCUUGUUGAACCAGAAUCUUGUGUCUACAUUUUAGUGGUAGAGUCUCCAAUCCUAUGUGCACUGAUUGACAAAGCUGAUAACAAUGGCAUAGUGAAGUUAUGAUAGAAGAUAUAUAGUAGUUCACUUACAGAAAUCAGUGACACCAUGCUGUAGAAAUAAGUAUCUGGUUAAGCAAUGUGGACAGGUUAAGUACCUGAACCAAUGGAUCUAAAAAUAAGAGGGAAAAAAAAGACUUCUUGAGAUACAGUGACCAUUCAAGAGGGGUCAUGCCUCCUUGUUAUAUGCUGAAAAGAUUUAUGCAAUGACAAAAAGUAAUUCAGUUUUUUUUUUUUGCAUUGUGUGUGAAUCUUAUGGUUGAUAACACAACUUUGCAAAAUAAUGUAUCAUGAGGUUUGCAGUUGCACAAAUUUUUAACAAGAUAUUUUGACAAAAUGGUUGCAAAAUUUCAACAAGAGCUGCUGAGAAAGGGGAAAGUUUGAGGAUUGUUUUGGGCAACUAUACAUAAUAUAUUUGUGCUUCAAGACAACUAACAUUGGCGUUUUGUCAGAGUUACAUAAUUGAAAGGUAGUGUCCAUCACACUAUUCUUCAAUAUACUGUGAGCACUUUUAACUGUUCUAAUUGACUUGAAGCCAUUAUUUAAAAAGUGUGUUUUGGAUAUAUAUGUAUUUUUUCUUUAAAUCGGAUAUGGUGUUCAAGGUGAAAGGCUAAUAUGGAAAGACCAUAUUAAAGUUCAGACCAAAGAAAUGACUAUGGGACUUACUGCAAAUGGAGGUCUGAACAUUGCAUAUCUCUACCACAUAUAUGCUUUUUAAGAUGAUGUCCUUUUAUUUUAAGUUGUAUAUUUUGUUUAAGAUAUAAUUCAAACUGCAUAAGAACAUACAAUAUAAUUCCUGAUAAGAAUUGAGAAGCAUUGCUUCAGUGGCUGCUGUAAAUGUUGCCUUUAUUUUUAAUGAAUUGAGCUUUAAUUUAUUAGUCACCCUUGUCUUAUAAAGUAACAUUGUAAAUAGAUAAGGCAAAUUUACUCUAGGACAAGUGAAUAGUCUGAAAACAAAAAUAAGCCUGUACAGUAGACUUUGAGUGUGUUAUGUAAAAUUAACCCCCAAAUACAUCACUUCUUGAAUCUUUGAAAUUGCAAUAAAAUGAUAAAUUACAUCUUGCA